GCGACGGCCUGGGCGGGGUGGGGCGGGGCCGGGUCAGGAGGAGGUGAGCGCGCCCGGCCACCCGCCCCGAGGGGGGUUCCCGGAGAGUUCACCGCGGGAGCGCGCUCUGGCCCUUGGACCGGGGGUGGGAAGAUCGGGAAGGAAGGAGGCGGCAGCGCGCACUGAGCCGCAGGAAUGUAGUAUUCAGCUCUGAAGCGCGCGCGCGCGAAGGAAGAAGGAGGAGCCCGGCCUGGGAAUGAGGGGGGUGGAGGUAACGCAGGUCUUACGGGUCUGGAGAGCUGCGUAGCUCAGGGCAUCUCAAGGUUCCCUUCUACGCAGCCAUUCUUAACACCCUUGCUUGUGUUGACUUGUAUGCCGAAGAAAGGUUGAAAGGAGAGGGGAAGACGCAGUGAAAGGAAAUGCGCAUAUUUGAUUCCUUCACUCCUUCCCCGAAUCCCCACCUGGGCACGCGCCUAAGUGCAAAUGUGUUCAGACCUCCAGGGCUGUCGAGAGAGCAUGAUUACAAGCAUUUUCCCCCGAGCCAGCCGGGUCGCGAUGUACGACUGCAUGGAAUCGUUUGUCCCGGGUCCGCGACGGCUGUAUGGGGCGGCCGGGCCCGGGGCCGGCUUGCUACGCAGAGCCACUGGCAGCUCCUGUUUCGCCGGACUUGAGUCUUUUGCCUGGGCACAGCCUGCCAGUCUACAAUCCGUGGAGACUCAGAGCACCAGCUCCGAGGAGAUGGUGCCCAGCUCUCCCUCACCCCCACCACCUCCUCGGGUCUAUAAGCCGUGCUUUGUAUGCAACGACAAGUCUUCCGGCUACCACUAUGGGGUCAGCUCCUGCGAAGGCUGCAAGGGCUUCUUCAGACGCAGCAUCCAGAAAAACAUGGUGUAUACGUGUCACCGUGACAAAAACUGUAUCAUCAACAAGGUAACCAGGAAUCGGUGCCAGUACUGCCGGCUGCAAAAGUGUUUCGAAGUGGGCAUGUCCAAGGAAGCUGUAAGGAAUGACCGGAACAAGAAGAAAAAGGAGGUAAAGGAAGAAGGCCCACCAGACAACUACGAACUGAGUCCACAGUUAGAGGAGCUCAUCACCAAGGUCAGCAAAGCCCACCAGGAGACUUUCCCCUCACUCUGCCAGCUGGGCAAGUACACCACGAACUCCAGCGCAGAUCACCGGGUGCAACUGGACCUGGGGCUGUGGGACAAGUUCAGUGAGCUGGCCACCAAAUGCAUCAUCAAGAUUGUGGAGUUUGCGAAGCGGCUGCCUGGUUUUACAGGACUCAGCAUUGCUGACCAGAUCACGCUGCUCAAGGCCGCCUGCCUGGACAUCCUAAUGCUACGGAUCUGUACAAGGUAUACCCCAGAGCAAGACACCAUGACAUUCUCGGAUGGGCUGACCCUGAACCGAACCCAGAUGCACAAUGCUGGCUUUGGGCCCCUUACAGACCUCGUCUUCGCCUUUGCGGGGCAGCUCCUGCCCUUGGAGAUGGAUGACACGGAGACUGGGCUGCUUAGUGCUAUCUGCCUCAUCUGUGGAGACCGAAUGGACCUGGAAGAACCCGAGAAGGUGGACAAGCUGCAGGAGCCCCUGUUGGAAGCCCUAAGGCUUUAUGCCCGGCGACGGAGACCCAGCCAACCAUACAUGUUUCCAAGGAUGCUCAUGAAAAUCACAGACCUCCGGGGCAUCAGCACCAAGGGAGCAGAAAGAGCUAUAACCCUCAAGAUGGAGAUUCCAGGCCCGAUGCCCCCCCUGAUCCGAGAGAUGCUGGAGAACCCUGAGAUGUUUGAGGACGACUCCUCGAAGCCUGGCCCCCACCCCAAGGCUUCCAGUGAGGAUGAAGCUCCAGGGAGCCAGGGAAAACGGGGCCAAAGUCCCCAACCUGACCAGGGCCCCUGACCUACCCAACUGUGGGGUUGGGCCCCAGGCAGCAGACUGACCAUUUCCCAGAUACCGCCAGUGACUGGGGGAGGACCUGCCCCGCCCACUCCCCACCCUUUCAAGAGCUCGUUGUUUUGCCAAAGUUUCUAGGGGUGCCUGUGUUCAUCCCUGUCCUGUUCUAACUGGCUCCCUCUACAGUCCCAAGGGACUGCCGCGCACCUACCCGAAGAGCCGAGCCGGAGAAGGGGCUAGCCUGGGUCUAGACUCUAAAAUCUCAGCACUGCCUUUCAGAUUCAGGCCACAGGUUCCCCACGCAAGAGGAAGCCCCGCCUUCCCAUAGCCCUUUCCUCUGCCAGGUGCUUGGGCCUCUGGGAGCAAACAGGAACACUAGAGACCAAAAGGGGGGCCCUGGGGAGGGCUGAGCCCACCCUUGCGCCCCACCCUGAGCGCCUGACGCCGCGUGAUGAAACUGCCUCGCUCAGUGCCCUCUGUGCCCCAUCCUAAUCCUCCUGCCAGGUGUAGGGGCAGGCUGGGGCCUGCAUUUCUGGGGUGGGGCCUGAGGGAGAAGGGAGAAAUGUGAGCCCAUUCUGUACCUCUGCUGAAGUACGGCACUCAUCCUGGGCCCUCCAUUUUAUAAGCCUCUCCCUUACUCCUGUCGCGUGCCUUGGCCUCCCGCCCUCAUAAACGCCAUCAGGCAGGGCCCUCCUACACUACAGAGGGGCCAGGGGUCCCUCUCCUAGUGCCUUCUACCCUUGACCCCCCCAGAGCAGCUUGGCCCCGGGGAGGGGAGAUGCUGCUUAGCUGAUCCCACCCUGACCCAGAGGAAGGCCUCUAUUUAUUUAUUAGCUUUUGUUUACACCCUGGAAUGACCCCUUCCUCCAGGGGUCUUGGGAGGGGGAGCCCAGGGCCUCUGUGACCCCCCUCCUUUCUUUCCCCAAGCCCCCAGUUUAUAUUUAGCUGCCAAAUAAGAUUCUUGCAGGCUCCCCCUUUUCUCUGGGGGGUUAGGGUGCUGUCCCCUCCCCUCUGUUUACAUCUCCUACCCCGCUGUUCGCAUAUUGCUGAGUUUUCUAUUUUUGCAAAAUAAAGUGAUGGAAACUCAA